AUGACAUCAAAAUCCCUACCAAAAUCACUGAAGCUGCUCACAAAACUCAUCACACUCGAUCUAAGUGGCAAUGAAUCUCUCGAUGAAAUUUCAAUACUUGGGGAGCUAAAAGGCCUUGAAAUUCUGAAGGUUAGAGGGACCGGAAUUAAAGUGAUUCCUAAAGAGAUCGGUCAGUUGAUCAACUUAAGGCUAUUGGAUGCGGGCGAAUGUUACUAUUUAUCUGAUGUAACACCUGGCGUCAUAUCAAAGCUCACUUGCUUGGAAGAGUUGUAUAUUGGAACAGAUGAAGAGAACGCAGUGUCUCGCCUUUGUCUUAUGGAAAUAAGGAAAUUGAAAUUCUUCAGAGCUCUGCAUUUUUCAACGAAUUCAAAUGCUUGUCAUCUUUUUCCUGAAGGUACCUACUUCGAAAAGUUGCAAGAAUUCUUUUUUCAAUUUAUUGAUAUUGAUACAGAGAGAUUCCUUUUGCAAUCUGAUUUUGAUCGAUCAAAAUCACAUUUAGAACGUCGACUACGCAUUGCAAGGUCUAAAUUCCCAUUCAAGAUGUCAAUCAAGAAACUAUUUCAGGAAAGUGAUGGUAUAGAACUAGACUAUAUACAAGAUUUGGAUAACAUCAUACCAGACCUUUAUGUAGAAAAUACUAGUGAUAAGUUAAAGGCUAUUGAAUUGUAUAGUUCUGAAAAUGUUUCAUGCUUGGUGAAGACAACGAUUGAGGCUGAGGAUGCAACAAAGGAAAAGCUUUUCUCCCAAGUGGAACAAAUCCACCUGCAUGACCUUAAGAACCUGAAGCUUCUUUUUGAUUGUUCAUUUCAAUAUAUAAGCUUGCGUAAUCUACAAGACAUUACAAUUUCAAGUUGUUCUUCCUUGUUGACGGUGUUCCCCUUGAGUGUAGCACAAGGGCUUUACAAUCUGAGACGUAUACAGAUUUGGGAUUGUAGCAGUUUGGUGGUAGUGAUUUCUGGUGGAGAUGAGCAAACAACUGUUAGUGACAUUGAGCAAACAGGGGAUAUUGAAAUCGAAGUGGGCAUACAUGAUGCAAAUAUUGAGUUCCGUUGGCUUGCCCGUAUUGACCUUACAAAUUUGCCCCAAUUAAAGAGCUUCUACUCUGGGGAUUCUACAAUCAAAUAUCCUUCCUUGAAGUUUAUCCAGGUGAAAAAUUGUCCGAGCAUGAAGUCUACAUGGGGUCACGGGGUCGACGAUAUGCUCAAUGUCGACGAUACGCCCAACCUCGACGAUACGCCCAACCACAAUUUUACUCCUAAAGAAGGUGAAUUGUUACUUUAA